AUGAUAGCUUGGGCAUGCUGGUACAGAAGAAAUCAGUGGGUAUUUGAGGAAAAACAUUUGGAACCAGCAGAGGCAGUCAACCAUGCACUUUGUUUGCUAAAGGCUUUUCAAGCAACUAAAGGUACUAAUUCUAAUGGCAUUAAGAGAGUGACUAAAUGGCAACUACCUCCACAAGGGACCACAAAGCCUAAUAUGGAUGGAGCUAUGUUUAAAGAAGAUGGCAGUGCAGGAGUUGGUCUUAUUCUCAGAGAUUGGGAAGGAAAGGUGAUCAUGGCUAUAAGCAAAAGGGAGUCAGCAGUGGUGGAGCCUCUUGAGAUUGAACUGGUAGCUAUACUCAGGGGCUUACAAUUUUGUAUCCCUCUUGGUUUGCAAGCUCUAACUAUUGAGACAGAUUCAUUGAUUUUAGCUCAAGAGUUAGCAAAACCUGAGUUUGCCAAUGCUAUGUUUGGAAACAUAGUAAUAGAUAUAAAGCAGAUGCAGAGUAGAAUACCAGUUUGUUCUAUUUUGUAUGUUAAUCGAGAGGCAAAUGAGUCAGCACACAGAUUAGCAAGGUUUGCAAGAUCAGUAGUUGAUACAAGUGUUUGGUAG